CCUGUUUAGAAGAAUCAAUGGCAUCGAAAGGUUGAGCGGAGCAGCGAAGUUUCCGUUAUCCAUUCUUUGUAUUUCCUUCUCUCUCUCUCGAAGCCAAAACGAACAGAACUCAAUCAAAAACGCUACUAAAAAAAACCAGAUUAGGGGUUUUUUAAUCUCCAAAUUGUUUUAAAAAAUCUCUCUUUUUUUCGUUGGAAGCUAUGGAUUCUGAUUCGAUCAACAACAUUUCUUCUUCAGCCUCUAACUGCAAGGAUUUAUCAAGAAAGAAGAGAAGGUCUGCAAAAUUGAAGCAGUGCAAAUUGGAUGCCCGCCGCGAGCAAUGGCUUUCUCAAAGUGCGGUAAAGAACAAGGGUUGUUGCAAGGAGGGAACCAAUGGUGGCGACUCGAAGCAAACGCGGCCAGGUGAAAGGGACCGUUCCUUGGAGAAUUUAGAGAUGAGGAGAAUUGAUGAGGCUAACGGAGGAGGAGAAAAUGGAUCGGUCCAACACGAGAGCGAUUCUGAGUCUUCGCCUUCAAAUAGUCCCACAAGCAUCGGCCUGUUGGGAGGAACGGGUUCCGGGAUAAGCUUCACCAAUAGCAGCAGCAGUAGCUGUAGCAGCAGUAGCACGAGCAGUGGCGGGUGCUGUUCCGGUAGCAUCACGGAAGAAGAAGGAGAUAAUGGAUGCUUGGAUGAUUGGGAGGCGGUUGCUGAUGCAUUGGCUGCUGAUGAUGACAAGCAAGAAACGGAGCGGAACGAGAAUAACAGGGAAAAUCCUUGUGUAGGAUCUACCCCUGGGCAUGAGCCAAGUCCCCAGUUAGGUUCCAAUGGGGCGGGAUCAGAUUUGAGGAAUGCAAAGCCUGAGUGUCCAAGAAUGGUGCAGAGGGCAACAGGGAAUAGCAGGGCAUGGAAGGCUGAUGAUGCUUUUCGUCCACAGACUCUUCCUAAUUUGUCAAAGCAGCGAAGUUUUCCAGCUACUGACCGGCAUUUUGGUCAAGGAGGGGUGUCAUGGGCACGUAGCAGUGCAUUUCCGGUGCCAUCAUCAUGUCCCAUAUGCUAUGAGGAUUUGGAUUUCACGGACUCAAGUUUUUUGCCCUGUUUGUGUGGUUUCCGGCUCUGUCUUUUCUGCCACAAAAGGAUUCUUGAGGAGGAUGGACGUUGUCCUGGUUGCAGGAAGCCAUAUGAGCAUGAUCCCUUGGAGACUGAAGCUACUGUUCAAGGAGGCAGUCUGACAUUUAGGUUGGCUCGUUCUUGUAGCAUGAUUGCAAGGUCUUAGGAGCAGUCUUUGUUGUGAUGAAUUACGUAAAAGUUAAGGAUUGUCUCUAUGGAAAUAUUGCACUUUCCAAAGUUAAAUUUGCACCUUUCGGAAAGGUACUGUCAACAGCUUCUUGUGUUGCAAAGACAACUUCCAGGUAAAAAUUGCCCAUUUAUGUAAGACUCUGGCUUCUGAAUCUAUUUCCUUUUAAUGCUGGUGUAAUUCUUUAGAAACUGAGCUUAGACAAGUGGUGAUGGCAUUCUACUUUAACCUUUUUUUUAUUACACUCGGAAAAAAAAGUCGUAUCUUAGUUAAUGAUAAAACAUGCCAGAAAGGAAAUUGAUUGAUAUUAAGCUGGAAUAUGUUAUGUGCAAUAUUAAAUAGUUUUUGCUGAAAAUUGUUAAGUUGUCACUUUUGCUUGUAAAUAAACACUAAAAAUAAAGGAAAAUCCUGAAAUUUCUAAUUUUCAACCCUUUAUGUGACCACUGAAUAGUACCCAAGUUUUGGGGUUUGCUCAAAAAAGGCAAUGAAAAGAGCAUAAACGUGGGAGAGAGAUGAGAAAAGAGAAAGCAGGUGAUGGUUGAAAGUUAUAUUUCCUGGUAGGUUUUUAGUUUAUCGGUGUUCCUCAUGCUUUGCUGUGCUCUUUCUGUUAAUAUAAUUCCUAUUUGCCUGCACAUAUAGGUUGGAGCUUGCACUUGUUCUUUUGUUUUAUGAUGUUUGAAGUUGUUCUUGAACUUGUUUUUUUU